GACCUAUCUGCCGGUGGGAUCGGACUCAGGCUAAGGUGGCCCCCGCUGAAGACUCCUGCUAAGCAAGCACUAAAGACUCCUCCGAACCAUCGACGGGGCGUCCUUGGGGUGCAGCCCAGGAAGCUCAGUUCACAGGUGCGUGGGCAAUGGGGGGGCGCAGUGCCUGGACACCCAGGACAGAGGAGACCCCGCCGCUGGGGAGAAGAGGCUCAGGCUGCGACCGUCCUGCCGCAGAACCCUCCCUUUCCCGCCUCCUCUCCGAGGCCUCCCAUCGCGAAGGAGUGUCCCUGGGAGGGGGCAGCCCAGGCCCGGAGCGGGGAGCUGAGGGCUCGCCUGUGCCAGUCGCCGCUGGGGCGCGUUCCGGUGCCGCGGCGGGUGGCACAGGCUGGCAGCCACGGGCUGAGUGCCCGGGGCCCGAGGGGAGGGGGCAACUGCUAGCGACCGCCGGCCCUUUGCGUCGCUGGCCCCCCCCUCGCCUGCCCCGGCGAGGCUCCAGCCCCGCCCCCGGACCGGCUUCGGCUCACUCAGUUCAAGGCAGCGCGACUGCGGGGGGCGCACGACCAGGGCGCAGGCCUUGGGGCGCGCGGCCCAUGGAGUCGGGGCUGCUGCGGCCGGCGCCAGUGAGCGAGGUCAUCGUCCUGCAUUACAACUACACCGGCAAGCUUCGCGGUGCACGCUACCAGCCCGGGGCUGGCCUGCGCGCCGACGCCGUGGUGUGCCUGGCGGUGUGCGCCUUCAUCGUGCUGGAGAAUCUGGCUGUGCUGUUGGUGCUCGGACGCCACCCACGCUUCCACGCGCCCAUGUUCCUGCUCCUGGGCAGCCUCACAUUAUCGGAUCUGCUGGCUGGCGCCGCCUACGCCGCCAACAUCCUGCUGUCGGGACCGCUCACGCUGCGACUGUCGCCCGCGCUCUGGUUCGCGCGGGAGGGAGGCGUCUUCGUGGCACUCGCGGCGUCCGUGCUGAGCCUCCUGGCCAUCGCGCUGGAGCGUAGCCUCACCAUGGCGCGCAGGGGGCCGGCGCCCGCUGCCAGUCGGGGACGCACGCUGGCCAUGGCAGCCACGGCCUGGGGCAUGUCGCUGCUCCUUGGGCUCCUGCCGGCGCUGGGCUGGAACUGCCUGGGUCGCUUGGACGCCUGCUCCACUGUCCUGCCGCUCUACGCCAAGGCCUACGUGCUCUUCUGCGUGCUGGCCUUCGUGGGCAUCCUGGGCGCGAUCUGUGCGCUCUACGCACGGAUCUACUGCCAGGUGCGCGCUAACGCUCGGCGCCUGCGGGCCCGGCCCGGAACUGCUGGCGCCACCUCGACCAGGGCGCGUCGCACACCGCGCUCACUGGCCCUACUCCGCACGCUCAGCGUGGUGCUCCUGGCCUUUGUGGCAUGUUGGGGUCCCCUCUUCCUGCUGCUGUUGCUCGACGUGGCGUGCCCCGCGCGCGCCUGUCCUGUGCUCCUGCAGGCAGAUCCCUUCCUGGGAUUAGCUAUGGCCAACUCACUUCUGAACCCCAUCAUCUACACUCUCACCAACCGCGACCUGCGUCACGCGCUCCUACGCCUCGUCUGCUGCGGCCGCCACCCCUGCGGCCGAGGCCCGGGUGGCUCCCGGCAGUCCGGGAGCGCGGCUGAGGCUUCCGGGGGCCUGCGCCGCUGCCUGCCCCCGGGCCUGGAUGGGAGCUUCAGCCGCUCGGAGCGCUCGUCGCCUCAGCGCGACGGGCUGGACACCAGCGGCUCCACAGGCAGCCCAGGGGCGCCCACAGCCGCCCGGACCCUGGUACCAGAACCGGCUGCAGACUGACACCCGCGGCCCACGACUGUCCUCCCAAGUUUUGCAGACUUUUUCUUUUCAUAUAAAGGAAUGUGUAGGGAAUGCAGCCGAAGGUACACUCGGAAAAGAGGCAGGGGAAAUGUGUUGGUGGAGCGACACCCCAGAGUAGUGAACAAACAAACAUCUGUGCCCUCGCGGAACUGACGCUCUACUUGGGAACACAGAAAAGAACUCGGUGACGAAAUAAUGGAGAUAAUUCCAGUGACCACACCGAGAUGGCGAUGGUGGUCAGGGAAGGCCUC